CUCACAUAUUCCUGAGCACUGAGGAAAUGCCUCCUUCCAGAUCCAAGACCUGGCAGAAAAAGGCUGGAAAAGAGAAGGAGUUCAAGUGUGAGAAAAACUCUGCAGGAGACUCAAAGAUCCACUCUGGGAAGCAGAGGAGGGGUAAGAGCAGGGGACAAGUGAAGGACAAAGAGUCACUGCCUGGACAAGAGGACAGCCUUGGAGAGGAGCCCUUAAAAAUCCAGAGGCUGGGGAGGCCUCAGGAAAGCAAGGAAAAUGAGCACAAGAAGUUAUUCAGGAGAAAAAGAGCCUGCAGGAGAAAUGAGAAAAGUGAAUCUGGUCUGGGGAGAAAACACAGAGUGUCCAGGUUGGAGGAGAAAAAAGGAAAGGUCUGCAAGCAAUGGGAAGUUACACCAGGGCAGGAGAGCGAGGACAGCAGUGACAAGGAGGGAAAAACCACCACAAACAGAAAGAAACAGGAUUUUAAAAAGAGGUGUGGAAGGAGGUUUGGUGUUUGUGAAGCAGGCACUGAGCUGGGGGCUGUAAAGGUGAUCACAGAGCAAGGUGCUGAAGGUUCUUCUCAGAAACAGAACUUGGCAGAAAAGGCACAGAACCCCAGGGGAAGGCAGAGAGGGAAUCAGGGCUCCAAGGAAGCUUCUGAGCAGAAAUCAGCUUCUCAAUCCCAAGGCAGCACAGCACAGGGGAAAGGUGAGAGGACUAGGAAAAAGAAAGUUGAAAAUGUUACCAGGAUUGUCAUCACUGAAAGUGAGGAAGAAAAUAUUCUGGAAACCUCAGGAGACUCCUGCUCAGACUCCAGCAGUGAAGGCCAUGGAAGCCACAAAACAGGUACAGAGGAGGCUGUGGAGGGCAGCACUGCCUGCAGUGCAGAGAGGAGCAGCUCUUCUGAGGAAGGUGGCAGCAGUGGGAAAGAAACUGUGCUCAAAGAUCCUCCUGUGAGUGAAGGAAAAGGCUACAAGGAACUGGUUUAUGAAAGCAAGGAAGCAUCUAUGGAACCUGAAAAGGAGCAGGUGACCACAGGUGGAAAAAUUGAAUCUGAGGCUGGAGGCACUGAAUUUGCAGGAUUGGAAGCACAGGAGAAGAUGAGGAAGGAAGACAAGAUGCUGAGAGAACCAGAAUGUGCUCCAGCUGAGAGCAGUGAGGCAGAUGAUCAGCUAAGCACUUCAGGACUCCAAGUUCAGAGUGUUAAGAACAGGGAAAAUAUUGAAGUAGACAAGGAAAAUAUACUAGAAAAUGACAGAGUUAAAGAUAUGUCAAAACAUGGACUCGUGAAUUCUGACAGCAGUGGGGAGAGCAGCACUGCAGAGAACACUGAUGAAGUAAAGGAAAACAAACCAGAACCACUCCCAACUGCUGUGAAAGCAAAACUCCCCAUUCACCUUAGCAAAUAUGAACAGGAGGAGAAGGAAGAUGAAGGCAGAGAGCUGGAAGAUGGCUCUUUCCUCUCCAAGCAACAGAGGACAUUGAAAGAGAAACCUGGGAAGAGUGAGAUCCCAGAACAAGGUGAGGAGGCUGGACACAGACAGAGGGACAGUUCAGACUGCAGCAGGCAGGACCUGCCAGCACUGGUGCUUAGAAAGAAAUGUUCUCAAUCCCAAAUCCCCCUCAGUCUGGAAAACCAACAUAAAAGUGCUGAGACCAAACUAUCAGCAAGCCAGAAACCAAACCCUGCCCAGAUGGCUUUGGGAACCAGCUCAGACCUGAACAGUAUUGAAAGCAUCUGUUCAAAACCCAUGACUCUAGAAACUCCCAGUAAACAAAAAGAACCCAACACAGCUCAGAGCUUUGGAGAGAAAAGAUUAAAUACAUCAAGCUGCUCCACAGCUACAAAAAAAUCAUCUGAUAAGCAGCUCCUUGGAAAGACGAAGAAAGUUGGAAAAGUUAUUGGAAAAGUUAAACAGAGUUCAGGCCAGUCUAUGAAGGCAAAAAAAGAGGAAGCAGAAGAAGCAGUUGCAGAGGCACCUUCUGAAACAGAACCUGUGCACAGUGGGGAAGGAUCCAAGCACUUGCACACCCGUUCUGCUUUUAGAAAAGUCACCAGCUGGCUUGGCCAAAAACCUGCCAAGAAAGCAAGGCUGAAAGCUCGACUGCUGAGUGUGGCACGUGCAAUUGGGAUCUCCAGAUGGCUCUUGAAGAAAUUUGGGAAGAAGAAGAGGAGCAGCAAACCUUUGGGAUUCAGAAGCAGAAUGGCAAUCCGGAUUCUGAGCACUGCUGGGUGGGUUGGUCCAACUGGCAAAACUGGGCAGCUGGAGAGGGCUGAGCUGAGGGACAAAGAAUCUUCUGCUUCAUUAGUGGAGGGGAAAGGUCCUGAAAUGGUGGAGGAAGUGGGACACAUUGAUCUGCCUCCUGGUAAUUCUCCUCUUAGUGGAACCAGCUCCUUUCCAUGCUCAGAUGAGAAGAACAGUGCUACAGAUGCCAAGUUUGCUGUGGUGUUCCCCAGAGUCCACAGCCUGGUUAAGGCUAGGAACUCCUUGUCCAGGGGCUCUGGCAAUGCUUAUUCCCUACAGAAACUGAAAUCUCCAUCAGACAGAAAAUCUGUCACUCCUUUGCAACAGGGUUGCAGAUUUCAAUGUGAUCUUCCCAAACCUCUGCUGGAUCCAAGCCAGAGAAAGACUGAGCAGGGUUUCCUCCCACCUCAAAAAGAGGAGCCAGCUCUUACAUCACAUUAUUGCAGUGAGGUAGAUGCCAAGGAGGGCUCAGGUGUCCCCCAGGCUGCAGGAUCCAUGGUCACUCCUGGUGUGCACUGGUCCCAGCAGCAGGGCCGGGGAUGUGACCCUGCAGCGUGGCUGAGCUCCCAGCUGCUGCUGCCACGGGCCACCAUGGAGAACCUGAGCAAAUGGGCCACCUCCAAGGACCCCCAGCUGGCCAGCAGCCGGGUGAGGGUCUGCAAGGACCCCUGGGAGGCAGAAGAUGUUGCUGAUGAUGUGCUGGAGAUGGAGUUCAUGCAGAAACAGGUGUACCUGUGUGAAGAGCUCUGUGCAGAAGCUGAGGAGAUUGAAGAUCUAACCAGACUGCAGGAAGUCUCCGAGAGCUCAGUCCUGCUGUGCCUGAAGAAGAGGUUCCAUUGCAAUCUCAUUUAUACUUAUAUUGGGCAAAUUUUGAUUUCUGUGAAUCCUUUCAAAGACCUCAGUAUCUACUCUGAAGAUGUGGCUACCGAGUACCAGCAAGGGACUCUCUCCAAGAACGCCCCACACAUCUUUGCCAUAGCAGAGAGGGCUUACACGCUGUCCCAGUCAUCAGGGCAGGAGCAGUAUGUCCUCAUCAGUGGGCACAGUGGAUCAGGUAAAACAGAAGCUGCCAAAGCCAUUGUGCAGUACCUGACCAUGCUGUACCAGGGAUCUGACAGCCACAGGAUCAGACAGCCCUGCAAUGUCCUCCCCAUCCUGGAGAGUUUUGGAAAUGCAAGAACCAUCCUCAAUGACAACUCCAGCCGUUUUGGAAAGCUGCUGAAUGUCCACCUGCUACAUGGCAUCGUGGUGGGAACAUCCAUCUCCCAGUACCUGCUGGAAAAGUCUCGUGUGGUGUUUCAGGCCCAGGGUGAGAGGAAUUACCACGUGUUUUACGAGCUGCUGGCAGGGCUGCCCGUGCAGCAGAAAGAGGAGCUGUACCUGCAGGAGGCUGAGUCCUACUUUUACCUGAACCAGGGCAGAGCAUGUGAAGUCCUGGGGAAGGAGGACAGUCAGGAUUUUCUGGUCCUGGUGCAAGCUCUGGAGGGAAUCAGCCUCUCAGAGGAUCAUCUGAGCUCCACCUGGGCUGUGCUGGCUGCUGUUCUGCAGCUGGGGAACAUCUGCUUUACCUCCUGUGAGAAGGAAUCCUUUGAGCAUGCAGCCGUUGCCAGUGCCACUGAGAUCCAGAUUGUGGCCAGUCUGCUGCGUGUGUCAGCAGAGCUCCUGCAGAGAGCUGUCACCCACCGUGUCACUGUUACAUCUUAUGAUCGGAUCUUCACCCCUCUGUCUGUGGAGGGAGCCAUUGAUGCCAGGGACUCCAUUGCCAAGGCUCUGUACUACCUGCUCUUUGAGUGGCUGCUGCUGAGGAUCAAUGAGUGGUUGGCUCCCUGGGAGUCUGACUGUGCUGUGGGCAUUGUGGAUAUCCAUGGCUUUGAGGAUCUGGGAGUGAACAGCUUAGAGCAGCUCUGCAUCAACUUUGCCAAUGAGCACCUCCAGUGGUUCUUCAGCCAGACUGUCAUUGCCCAGGAAGAGGAGGAAUACAGCCAGGAGCAGUUAACCUGGAUUCCCAUGUCCAAGAUGUACAGCCAGUCGUGCCUGGAUUUCCUUACUGCAAAGCCCCACGGCAUCCUGUGCAUCCUGGAUGACCAGACCUCCCUGCCUCAGGCCACAGACCACACUUUCCUCCAGAAGUGUCACUACCACCAUGGAAACAGCCCUUGGUACACCAAGCCCAAGCUGCCUUUGCCUGAGUUCACUGUGCAGCACUAUGCUGGCCCUGUCACCUACCAGGUCCACAAGUUUCUCAGUAAAAACCGUGACCAGCUGAAGCCAGAGGUGCUGGAUAUCUUCUCCCAGAGCCGCCUCAAGGUGGUGUCUUACAUUUUCCAGAGGGCCAAGGCUGCCUGUGGCCAGCGAAGGGAGCUGGGGGGCAAAGGGCUCAGGCCUCAGACCUCCACACUGGUGUCCAAAUUCCAGCAGUCUUUGCAGGAGCUCACAGCCAAGCUGAGAGGGAGCCAUUCCUUCUUCAUCCGCUGCAUCACCCCCAACCCCAGGAAGCUUUCAAAUAUCUUUGAUGUGGAGUAUGUGAACUGCCAGCUGCGACAUUCUGGGAUUCUGGAGGCCAUCCACAUUCAAAAGGAGGGAUUCCCAGUCCGUCUGUCAUUCCAGAGCUUCCUGGCCAGGUACGGGCUCCUGGCUGGGGGCAGCCCCAGCAGCCUGCAGCAGAGGGAAGGCUGUGCAGCAGUGCUGGCUCACGUCCUGGGGAGCCCCUCGGAUCUCUAUCAGAUGGGAGUGACAAAGGUGUUCCUGAAGGAGGAGGCCAGGCAGCUGCUGGAGAGGCUGUGGCAGCAGAGGCAGAGCUGGGCUGUUGUCACCCUGCAGAGGAAAUUCCGGCGCCUCCUCCAGCGCCGGCGGCUGCGCCUGCUGCAGGCACGGCGGCUGCGCCUGCUGCAGGAGAAGGUGACGGUGAUCCAGGCUCACUUCCGAGGCUACCAGGCAAGGAAGCGUUACAAGAGGUUGAAGAAGACUUUCGUGCAAUUCAAAACCAUGAUUUUAGUCUCCAGACCUCUGAUUCAGUGGAGGAGGCGCUGCCAGCAGGAGAUAGAGGAAAGGAAACAAAGAAGCAGCUCCCUGGGUGGUGAUACAGAGAAUAGUCCCAACCAAGGAAUGGACGUGGGGCUGCUGGAGAUCCCUGCAGAGCUCGCAGCCCUCCUGCACUUUGUGGAAGGACACCGAGCCCAGGCCAACCAGAUUACAGAGACACAGCCCCCAGAAGUCAAGGUCAAGGAUGGCCUUUCCCUCCCACCCACCAUCAACAGCUAUCCCUUCUCCUCCUUCAUCAAAUCACACUUCCAGAAACCAGAUUUCCCUGCCCCUGGUCAGCCUCUGCAGCACCCCUUAACCCACCUGGAUGCUGAACACCAGGAGAGUGCACUUGAGAUAAACAAACUGAUUCUGCGGUUCAUCGGUGACAAGAGCCUCCGUGGCUGGCAGGAGGUCCUGCUGGGCAACUACAUUGCUGGAAGAGGUUUGAGUGAUGCCGCUCUGCGGGAUGAAAUCUUCAGCCAGGUGGUUUCCCAGACCUGGAGGAACCCAGACACGGAGAACAGCCAGCGAGGCUGGGUCCUGAUGGCGACUCUGCUGAGCUGCUUUGGCCCCUCACCAGCACUGGAGAAGCCACUGCUGAAGUUUGUGUCAGACCAUGGCCUGGAGGGCUACAGCGCCGUUUGCCAGCGCAAGAUGCUGACGGCAGCUCAGAGCGCAGACACGCAGCCUGCACCCUCCAGGGCUUACCCUCCCACCCAGCUGGAGUGGACAGCAAACCAGAGGAGAGGCAAGAUGGUGCUGGAUGUCCACACCUUCAAUGAGGAGAAGUUCUCAGCUGAGGUGGAGUCCUGGAUGACUGGGGAGCAGUAUGCAGCCUGCAUCCUGAGUGCAAGGGGCUGUGACAAGAAGACUCGAGGGUGGUCUGUCUCCAUGUUCACUGGCAGCACGUGGCAGGACCUGCUGGGCUGUGACUUUGUGCUGGACCUCAUUGGGGAGAUGGAGGAGACCAGCAACUUCAGCAGCUCCUCCCAGGCACCCACUGAGUACCCCAUCACUCCAGAAAGGGACAGGAGCAUCCUCCAGGCCUCUGACCUGGACAUGAUCCCUCCUGCUCCAGAUAUCCAGGCCCCUGCCUUCCCCCCACCCAGCCUGCCUCCAGAACUUAUUGGUCUCCAUCCAGACUCAAGGUUUAGAGAAGACAUGAGGACGCCUGUAGGCUUGGAUCACUAUGUGGAUGAUCUCUUCAGCCCUGUGCUGCACCAGGGCUCCAGAGUGCCUGAGAUGGAGAACAGGGAGAUUCUCACCAGACGCAUGAAAGGAGGGGGGAAGAUUGGACCCACACAGAGAGGAAUCUUUCCUUCUGCAGGCUUCUCUGGAAUGACUCAAACCCCAGUUUACCAGCCCAUGCCCUCCAUGGUGGGGAUGCCAGCAGCCAUGCCCAUGAUGCCAGGGGCUGGUGGGAUUGCACCUAUGCCAGCCAUGGUGAUGCCCCAGCCCAUGGUUCCAGCUGUAGAUCCCAGCCAGCUGGCAGCACAGCAGCAAGCCUUUAUCAACCAGCAAGCCAUGCUCAUGGCCCAGCAGAUGACCCUUCAAGCCUUGAGCAUUUCCCAGCAGCAGCAGCAGGAGCUGCAGAAGCAGCAAAAGUCUCUUGAGAACUCAAGGCCAAGAGUCUCAAGCCCAGUAAGAGCCUCAGCCCCAGCCACUCUCCCAAAACCAAAGAAUCCUUUCAGCAACCAGGCUGCUGCAACAACAUCAAAUUCUCCAGAGCCUCCAGCUAAGGCAAAAGAGCAGGAUUAUGACUAUGUGGAAGAGGAGUUCUCCAGCAAUGAGGAUGAUGAUUAUCCUCGGGAAACCUUCCAGCAGAAGAGAGAGUACUUCCAGAAGAUGGGAGAGCAGCACAUCCGAGUGAAGAAAGUCAGACCUAGCAAAACCUGGACUCCUCCAGCAAAACCCCAGCCAAAGGAGGAGGAGGAGGAGAAAAGAGAGCAGCUGGAGAAGAGGAAAGAAGUGAAGCCUGUCCCUAAACCAGAGCCAGCUCCUGCUUCCCCUUUGCCACCUCCUGAGCCAAAACCAAAAACGGAGACACCAAAACCAAGGAAGGAGCCGCCUGUAGUGAAGCCUUCAGGCCCUGAGUCACGUCCUGCACCCAGCCAUGAGAUUGGGAACAUCAUCAAAAUGUACCAGAGCAGACCAGCCCCCGAGCCCCUGCCCCUCCAGCCUGUCAGGAGAGUGUCCAAACCAUUUAUAAAGAAGAACGACCCCAAAGAUGAGGCUCUGGCCAAGCUGGGAAUGAUGAAAUCCUCACCUCAGCCACCACUAUCUCCUGUGCCAGAGAAGAAGAAAACACCUCCACCUGUCAAGCCCAAGCCAGGCCCAGCCUCCAGCUCUAUCAAGGAGAAGCAGCUGCCUCUCCUCUCCAUCUUCAAAGCAGAGGGGCCCCCCCCAGCUCCCCAGGCCCCUUGUGCUACCCCUCAAUCCCCACCAACACCUGAGGACCAAGGCAGGCAGGAGCCCACAGGGCAAGACUCUGCUGUGACAAUGGCAGGUGAUGAUGGGAUCAAGACCCAGCUGUACAAGCUCACCACCAGUGUCAGCUUUUCCUAUGUCGACCCUGCCUGGAAAAUUUUUCUGCGCAAAGAGGUGUUUUACCCCAAAGAAAAUUUCAGCCACCCUUAUUGCCUGAACUUGCUGUGUGAACAGAUCAUCCGUGACACCUUCUCUGAGUCCUGCUUCCGGAUCUCCAGGGAGGAGAAGCGCAAGAUGAAAGAUCUGCUGACUGAGUUCCAAGUUGGCAGCAAUGCCCAGUCCAUUCAGGAGGAGGGGAUAAAGAAGAGGAUUGUGGUGGCUGCUCGGGACAACUGGGCCAACUACUUCUCCCGCCUUUUCCCUGUUCGGGGUGAAAAGGGAAGUGAUGUGCAGAUCCUGGGUGUUUCUCACCGGGGCAUGAGGCUGCUAAAGGUGGAGAAAGCAUCUGGAUACCAUCCUGAGCACCUCAAGAUCCUACGCAGCUACUGCUUUGCAGAUGUGCUGUCAGUGGAGAUGACAGGCAGCAAUUCGCUGGAGUUCUCCCUGAAGACAGAGCAGCUCAUCCUGCACUCUGCAAAGGCUCCGUGCAUCAAGGCCAUGGUGGAACUCUUCAUGCAGGAGCUGAGGCAGGACUCCAACUAUGUGGUGGCUCUGCGCAGUUACAUCGUGGAUGACAAGAGCCUGCUCAGCUUCAAGAAGGGAGAUCUCAUCGAGCUGCUGCCCGUGCAGGGCGUGGAGCCAGGGUGGCAGUUCGGCUCCUGCGGGGGCCGCUGUGGUCUGUUCCCCACCAGCCUGGUGCAGCUGGCUCCCGCCCCCGACUACCUGAGCAGCAGCAUGGACAGACGGGCGGAGCAGAGGAGGAGCACCAGAGCUUCCCCAGAGAGCAGGAACACCAGCAGGGAGAGUUCUGUCCUCGGCCUGACAUCAGGAGCCACCAGCACCAUGUUAGUCCCUGCUGGUGACCAUUACACCAUGAUUGACUUCGCCACCGCCUAUUUCCGAGAGGCUCAGUCCAUGCAGGGCCCGAAGGGGAGCUCUGCUGAGAAGAAGAGUGUUGCUGAGCUGGUGCGGCACAGCAAGGUCCCAAUCCAGGCCUCUCUGCUCCGCUACUCUGACAGUGAGCUGAACGAGCUGGCCACAAAGAACUUCCAGACACUGAUGAGGUUCAUGGGAGACCAGCCAAAACACAAGCACCAGACUGAGGUCCGAUGCAUCUAUGAAAUCCUCCAGCUAUGCAAGGAGAAGGAGAAUUUGCAUGAUGAGAUCUACUGCCAGGUCUUCAAACAGGUCACUCACAACCCUCAGCAGGAGAGUGAGAUGCGGGGCUGGCUGCUCCUCAACCUGCUCACUGGAUACUUCCUGCCUUCCAAAAUCCUGAUGCCCUAUGCCACCAAGUUCCUGCAGCUGGCCAGCAGUGAUCCUUCCAGCACCCACCAUGAUAUUGCCAAGAUCUGCCAGAGCAACCUGCGCAAAAACUUCCUGUACGGGGGCCGCCGGCACCUCCCCUUCGCUGUGGAGAUGGAGGCACUGCUGAAGGGACACGGUGCCCGCCGGCUGGUGGUGCUGAUGCCUGGAGGCAUGGAGUACCUCACCAGGAUCAGGACAUUCACCGUGGCCAAGGAGCUCUUGCAGGAGAUCUGUGAGCAGAUGGGAAUAGGUGAACAGCAAGAGAUAGAGGACUUUGUUCUCUUUGCUGUCAGGAGUGGUGACAAAAAUCUUGGUAAAAUGGUGAGGCCAAUCAAACUGGAGGAGUAUCUCCAUGAUUACCUGCUGGACGACAAGCUGGUCAGCGUGACCUUACGCAGGCUCAUCUGGAGGGCACCUCUGCACUUCGACAACCAAGUUUACACAGAUGUCCACUACGGACAGGUGCUGUGGGAUUACCUGAAUGGGAGGAUCCUGCUGAGCCAGAGUAAAGAAAUGGAGAUGCAGGUGGGCCUUUUGGCAAUGCUCCAGCACUGGGCCAAAGGGGAGCAGCAGAACUCUGCUCCCUCCAGGGAAGAGCUGAAGGAAUACACUCCAAAGAGCCUGCAGGCCUCCAUCAGUCCCAAGGAUCUGCACAACCACGUGGCCACCCUGCUGAGAACAAGGCAGCCCCUCCAGCCUCUGGAUGCAAAAAUCCAGUUCAUAGAGCAUGUGAUGAAACUGCCUUUCUUUGGCUAUACCAUCUUCGUGGUGGAGAGAAUCAGCGAUGAGAGGGUCCCUGUGCCCUGUUUCUUUGGUGUGAACAACGAGGAGAUCAUUGUGGUGGAUGGCACCAGCCAGGUGGUGUCCCAGGCUGUGCCCCUGCAGCAGCUGCAGAAGAUGUGCACCCUGAGGCCCAUCUCUGACGGGGGCCUCCCUGGCCUGGAGCUCCACUACGGCUCCCCUGACAGCCCCAGGGCCCUGUGGGUGGAACUGCCACAGGCCAAAGAACUGUACCACACCAUUGUUGUCAUCCUGGAUAAAACAGAGCUGCACUCCUAGAGCCUAAGAAGAGGAGAUUGGCCAAGGAAAACAGCACUGUUUCCCUUUCUGUGAACUUGACCAGUGCUCCCUGACCUGUCUUUGGGAGAGAACUCUUCCAGAAGACACCCAUGACCUCAGCCAGCUGCUUUCUAAGAAUGCCACCACAGUGUUUGUUGAUGGAGUGGCCAUAACCCUCGUGACCUGCCCUUCAGUCCCCAAGCACUUCCCUGAAACAAUCCACACUGUGGCUAAACAAACCCCAAGGGCCUCUCCACACCACAGCCCAUUCCAACAAAGAGCAGCUGACCCAGAGCAAGCACUUGCCUUCAAGCUUUGCACUGUGCAACUCCUCCUUUCUGUUUUGACUUGAUUAGUGUGAACAAAGCCUGGUGCUUGCUAGAGAUUUGUGUAUCCUGAUGCCCAGCUGAUGGGCCUGCAUGGGCUGCUGGUGUUUUCCAGGAGCCAGAUUUUUCUCUGAAUUGAUAUGCAGAGGUCCUGUAGCAGGACUUGUGAAGCAGAAGUUUGUAGAAUUGAAAAGCAGAUCAGUGUUAAUCAUACAAUUAACACAUAUGCUGGGCCACAGACUGAGCUGCAAUUAUAAGGAAGUUUAUUGUUAAUUAAUUUCUCACUGACAUAAUUAUAUGCAUAUGGUUCUGUCUACUAUAAAGAAGUCAGUCAUGGCUGUGCAGCUGUCAGACUUCAAUGAUGGCUCCAUGCCCCUGGAGCAAGCAUCUUCAAACAGAACUUGUAUUAUACUGAAGUGUUUUGGGUUGUACAAAAAUAUUUAUUUUUAUUGCCACAGCUCUCCUAAUGACCUGAGGAGUAACUGACCUUUAGGAAAUUGCAAUAAAAUAAUCACAGAGAUAUUUUGAAUGUAUGAUAUGAUAGAUUUUACAUCUAACCUGGGAAAACUUAACUGCAGGAAAUGGGCAAAGCUUGAGGAAAAUGUUGUCACUGUUGGCAAGGAAGGGGGACAGAUCUGAGGGUGCUCAGUGCAAGCUCUGAUGCACAGUUACACUUCUGCUGGUGAGUUGAUGCCAGUGGGAACUACAGCAUCUUCCCUGGCAGGUGCUUCCCUUUGAGUGCUGCUCAAUGUACCUCUGACCAGUCUGGGUGACUGAGUGGUAAGAAAAAGCUUCCAGGAACACUCCACAGCAGCUGUAACAUUGUUUUAUUGUCAGUUCUGCACAUACCCUUCAGAAUAUUUAAAAAAUACAGCUGUGGAUACAGUGAUCCAAACCCCUGGGCAGCCUCUGGCAGCACUUGAACCUGAGGCCACCAGCCCCUGCAGGUAUGGAAUAGAGGCAGAACACAAGAGAAAUCCAACAGGAAGGACUUGAGCCAGGGAAUCAGGAUCAGGUUCCAUAUAAACACAGCA